UUUCUAUUACUAAACACAUUCUCUGUUCCAUAGAAAGAUACGCAUUUUUUAGCCGAUAAAAAGUUAUUCGUGUAUCUCUUAACUGAGAAUCUUGGUUCUGAAAACUAUUUAACAUAUUAUCUUGUCGGUUUGUAAAAGUUAUUUUGCUAAUAUAUCAAAUUUACAGUGCAAUUUUCAGAGUGAAAGCGAAAAAUAAACGUCAAAAAUUUCAUAUUUCAAGUAUUAUGGGUGCAAGAACGUUACAGUACUAUUGGCGGCAGGGGCAAAAACUAGUUGGAUCCGAAUCAAAAUCCACUACAUCCACAUAUGUUCUUUUCUAUAAAAGAUGGAUAUAUAACUCACCUUUAAAAAUGGCAUAUAAUAACUGAACUUUCCCAUUUUUUUUUCUCUUACUAACUCAGGUCUCAGUAUCCAAGGGAUACCCCACUACUUUUGUGAUUGUAUGUAUCGAUAUCAUGACGAAUAAGCAAGAAUGGCGUGGGUCCUCGUCCUCGCCCUUCCUCUCUUUUCUCUUUAUCAAAUGUAUGCGGGACACAGACACUCACGCAUCUUGAAGCAAUCAAUAUUCUAAUCAUGCUCACAACAGAUAUCAAAACCGAAUAAUGUAAAACACAAUAUAAUAAUAUGUAUAACAUCCUAACAACCGAAUCUAUGCAAAGUAACGGCAACCAAGAAAAAAGAAACCACUGGAAAAAAAAAAAAGACUGUUUGCUGCCUGAAACUAGUAAAGUGAGGGUGCCCUCCCAAAGAAACAUAUUAUACCUUCUCCCUCCUCUCUCUCUCUCUCUCUCUCUUCAUUACAAACCUCUCUACAUUGUUUAUAUCAUUAAUCACUUUAUAUUUUUAUAUAUAUUAUUGUUCCUCCUCCUUCUUUCUGCUACCAAUCUAAGCCUUCUAAGAUUAUAGAGUGAGAAAAAAGAAACAAUUAACUUAAUAUCAAAAACCCAAAACAAAAAAAGGAAAAAGAAAAGAAAAGGAAAGGCUCAAAAAGAGAAGGAAGUAAGAGUCCUCUUACUUCCUUCCUUCAAUUUAGUUUUCCCUCCCUCUCCAACCCAAUCCCAAGGGAAGAAGCAAAGCAUCUGAUUUAGCCUGCUUUUUUGUUUCUCUUCGAAGAGCUUCAGAGCACUCGUGGCAACCGGGCAUGACCGCGAAUACCACCGUUUCAUACUAUUGGUUGAAUUGGAGGGUUUUGUUAUGUGCGGUUUGGAUAUUGAUCUCAAUGAUGGUGGCUGCCAUUUUGAUAUGGAAGUAUGAAGGCUCCGACUCGGAGAGAGAAGAGGGAGCGGAAAGCCGUCGAAAGGCAUUGGGUUUCCUCUAUGAUGAUGAGUCAUGGAUGCCUUGUCUUAAGCUAAUCCAUCCUGCCUGGCUGCUUGCUUUUCGAGUUCUAGCCUUCUUUCUCCUUCUGGCAUUGCUCAUUACUAAUGUUAUUAUUGACGGAGCUAGCAUAUUCUACUACUACACUCAGUGGACCUUUGUUCUUGUCACUGUAUAUUUUGGGCUUGGUUCUUUACUGUCCGCUUAUGGCUGCCACCAAUAUCUCAAGAAAAUGGGUGGUGAUAUGAUGAAUGGAUCAAGCUUAGAUGCAGAGCGUGGUGUAUAUGCAGCACACAUCAGUGAGAGGAGUGAAACUGUUCACCGAACAAUCAAAAACUCGGUGUUUAAUGAGGAACACAAUGUCCGAAAAGUUGCUGGAAUUUGGGGUUAUGUGUUCCAAAUCAUCUAUCAGACGAAUGCAGGUGCUGUGAUGCUAACUGAUUGUGUAUUCUGGUUUAUCAUUUUCCCUUUCCUUGCCAUCAAAGAUUAUGACCUGAAUAUUAUAUUGAUUGGUAUGCACUCCGUUAAUGCCAUUUUUCUUCUCGGGGAUACUGCUCUUAAUAACCUGCGGUUCCCCUGGUUCCGGAUUUCAUACUUUCUCCUGUGGACGUCAGGGUUUGUCAUAUUUCAGUGGCUCCUACAUGCUUUCGUCUCGAUAUGGUGGCCAUAUCCAUUUCUCGACUUGUCAUCACCUCAAGCCCCACUAUGGUAUUUGUUGGUGGCGUUGAUGCACAUCCCUUGCUACGCAAUUUUCCCAGUGAUCAUAAAGAUGAAACACAACCUCCUAUCAAGAUGGUUUCCUCAGUCCUAUAUUUACACUGAUUGAAAAAAGACAUUAAUAUGGAGUGUAGCCUGCAAGCUACUAAGCGAUUCAACAUUUCCUAAAAUUUGAGGAUCACAAGCUACUAUUUAUCCAGGAAGAUGAGUUAUAAGUAAUAUCGUUAGGACUGCUUGCUUGAGGGGGUGGUGAAGAAGAUAUACAUGUACAGAUAUAGAUAUACAAACAAUUAUACAUACAACAUUGAGUACAAAUUUAUGGAUUUUGUUUUGACAGGCAGUAGUAAGGUGGGAAUUGGUAGUUUAUAGUACUACUUGUUGGCCAAAGAAUCAGCAUUUUCAGUCUAAACUUGGUAUUGUGGAUAUUACCAUGAAUGGAAAUUUAUUUAUUUGUUUUCCUUAUA